CUGGGCGGGCUCUCAGGGCGAGCGGCGGGCCCGGGUCGUGCGUCCCGAUGCGGUGCUGAUCGGUCCCCUCAGGCUCGGUCUGCGCUCCGGGCCGGCGGCGCCGUGGGAGGAACAGCGCGGGGCUGAGGGGCGGCCAUGGGCCGCAGCCGCUCUCGCUCACCGCCGCGGCGGGAGCGCCGGCGCUCGCGCUCCACGUCCCGGGACAGGGACAGGCGGCGGCGGGAGCGAUCGCGGUCCCGGGACAGGGACAGGAGGAGGAGCCGGUCCCGCUCCCCACACCGGAGACGAUCCAGCAGGUCCCCACGCCGGCACCGCUCCAGCUCCUCGUCACCGGCGAGGCCCAAGGAGCGCAGGGAUGAGGAGAAGAAGGAGCUCAAGGACUCCAAGAAAGAGCGACAGAUCACAGAGGAGGAUUUGCAGGGCAAGACAGAGGAGGAGAUCGAGAUGAUGAAGAUGAUGGGUUUUGCCUCUUUCGAUACCACCAAGGGGAAGAAGGUGGACGGAGCUGCCAAUGCCUACGCCAUCAACGUGUCCCAGAAGAGGAAGUACAGGCAAUACAUGAACAGAAAAGGAGGAUUCAACAGGCCCCUGGAUUUCAUCGCCUGAUGCUGGACACGACUCUCACCAUGGAAGGAUUUCACUUCCCUGCACUCUCCUGGGUGGCUCCAGUGCUGGAUUCCAGUGGAAUUUGGGUUAUUCCCAACAAAUCCCACAGCCAGAGUCACCAUGAGUUUCAAUUUCUCAGAUUUUUGUCAUUAUUUUUUUCACAAUGAAGGUCAGUUUCUGGCUGGAAUUUUGCUGUGUUUUCCCUGGUUUUGUUUUGUUUUCCUGUUAAUAAAACUCCAGAUAUUUUUUUUC